ACAGUGCAACAUCAGCUGAUCCGGAUCAAAACAAAACGACAGCAGCAGACAAAAAGAACUUGGAAAAAUAGCAGCUAGUAGUCUGUUGAAAGAAAAUUAAAAACUUUAAAUCCUAUUUUCAUCCAGGUUCUAAUAUAUCCAAAAACCCCGAUCCAAAUAUGUUUUCACGUAGAAAACCUGAACCAGCUAAGCGAAGAAACCAUGAUUUAUCGCAGUUUGGUCUAACGGAAAUUCCGGAUGAUUUCGAUCCAUCAACUGGCUACGGAGAUGACGUCGGCAACGAUAGUGACUUGGAGGCAGAACUCGCCGCUAUCGCUGGCGGAAAAGGUGUAAAGCCUUUGCGAAAACCUCCAACUAAGCCAGCAACAAAUACAGAUCUUGAUAAAAUGAUUGCAGAGAGCUUGAAAGAUGUUGGUAGCGAGGAUGAGGGGGACGAUAAUGACGUAGAUUUGGAAAAUGAUACGGAUCUUUUAGGUGAACUACACAAUAUAGCAGGGGUUGAAGGGAACGCCGCAGAAAAUGAAGAAGCGGAAGCUGUCCAAUCGAACGAUGGCGAGUUAAUUUCGGAAGAGGGCCAGCAGCAACCUAUCUUGUCAACAACAACUGUUAAUACUAUACACCUCAUUCAGCAACGUAUUGAAAUGUACAAAUUAGCAGAAGCAAGUGCUAAGGCAAGCGGAGAAAGUGCAAAAGCACGACGCUUUGGACGGGGUUUAAAUACUUUGUUGGAGCUGCAAAAACAAGCAAAUGCCGGAAAAGAAAUCAAAGAAGAGGACAUUCCGCCAGAAGUUAGUGUAAAGCCACAAACUCAACUGGAGCAAAAUGAAACAGUGAAUAGCCCUUCCCGAACUGCUCCGCCUCCUCCAACGUCGGGAUCAGACUCGAACUCAGCCGCAAAAAUACCCCAAAGUACAGAAUCACUAACGACAAGCAGCCCAAUGUUGGAACAAAUGCGCGAGCGUCAACGUGAAUAUAAAGCUGCAGCAUUGCAAGCAAAACGUAAUGGUGACACCAAUGGUGCAAUUCAAUUCCUUAAGGUAGUGAAACAGUUUGAUAUGGUCAUGAAAAUGGUUGAGGACGGGCAAGAAGUAGACUUGAGUGACAUGCCUCCACCUCCUGAGCAAUUUAUGGAUUUUUUGUCCAAACUGCAAAACAAUACAGAUGAAAAAAACGAAAACGGAGCAGAUCGUGCACUGGUUGAAAACACCGAGUCAAUUGCUGUUCAAAACGACGGGGACGCACCACUUUCAAUGCUUGAAGCACUUCAGCAACGGUUGGACAAGUAUAAAGCCGUAGAAGAUUCGGCUAAAGCAGAAGGCAAUUCCAGCAAGGCCCGACGCUUCGGACGCAUUGUGAAACAGUAUGAAGAUGCGAUUAAACAAUUUAAAACAGGACGACCAGUAGCUUACGAUGAAUUGCCCGUUCCGCCAGGUUUCGGGCCUCUACCAACCUCAAAUGGGGCUCCCGCCAAUACUUCCGCUUCAGCGAUAUCCCCAAUUGCUAACCCAUCUGGCACAUCUGCGGAUGGCAGCAUUUCAAGUCAAGAUUGUUCAGAGAAUACGCCAAUACCAACUUCGCCCAGGCCCCCACCCGAAAAUCAUGAUUUAACUACUCGUACAUCAGGAAAUCAGCAAAAGAACAAUUUAGCGGAGCAACAGAUGAAAAUUCUCCUUGACCGGCAGAAAGAAUUCAAGAUUGCUGCAAUCGACGCUAAAAAAGCUGGGGAAAUCAAUCAGGCUAAGGAGUACCUCAAGAUAUAUAAGGGAUUCGAUUCAUUAUUAAAUGCAGCAAGUAGUGGGUUACCAGUGGAUCUUAGCACGUUACCAUUACCACCAUCUCAACGUGACAAUCUGGAGGAAUCAUUUGCCAUUGUGACAACAGGAGAAUGCGAUCCAGAUGACGACAUGUCGGAUAUUGGAAUACGGGUUGAAGAACAAUUAGCAAAACAAUUAAUGAUGUGCAAAAAUACAAGGGAUCACCAUAAAGCUAUGGGUGAUGUAGCCGGUAUGAAUCGCUUUGAAAACUUGGCUUUAACUGUGCAGAAGGAUUUAGACAUGGUACGUUAUUCCAAGCGCAAAAAUUUGGAUCUGCCCAAAUUCCACUACGAAAAGAGAAACUUCAAUAUUGUGCACUGUAACACAGAACUUACCGAUAACGAAUUGGAAAUAGUUAUUGUACGUGGCCUCAACUAUAACGUGCCUAAUCCAAAAGACAUAGAUACUUAUGUAAAAUUGGAAUUUCCACUUUUGAAUGAUGAAACGUUUCGAGCAAAAACCUCAGUGGUCAAGAACACCGACAACCCAGACUAUGACCAACAUUUCCGAGUAGAAAUACAACGUGGAAAUCGACAGUUCCAACGUAUAUUCAAAAGACACGGUGUGAAAUUCGAAGUGUUUUCACGUGGAUGCAGUUUAGAUUAUUGUGGACUAAGUCGUAUACUGCCUACGUGUUGUUUCAGUGGAUUUCUUCGCUCGGAUACACUUAUCGGCACGGUUAAUGUAAAAUUGCAGCCAUUGGAGACAAAAUGUGACAUACACGAUACGUUCAAAUUGAUGGAAGGGCGUAAAGCAGUCGGAGGCAAAUUAGAAAUUAAAUUGCGCGUUCGCAACCCAAUUCUAACUAAGCAAGUGGAACAUAUUGAAGAAAAAUGGCUUGUGCUGGAUGCCUAGAGUUUGAUUACUUACUUCAACUCUAAGAGUAUUUAAUUAGUUGUAAUGGAAAUAGCUUCAACUAUGUAUUGUGUGUAUGAAUUUAUAUUAAUUACCGCCAGUUUUUAUUGUACGAACUUUUAUUUAAAAUAAUAAAAACGCUACUCAAUGUUAAGAAACA